AGAAAAAGAACUUUUGUUAGGAGAUUUCGGGAAUGAUUUUGGAUCUUCUAUAAGUGUUUUUAGAGUUCUUGGAGACAGUAGCUCUCAUCCUGGAUGCCUCAGCAACUUGAUACAUAUGGAAGUCAACACCAAGUGAUCUGAUAGAAUAAAAAUUCAUGAUGUGACACUUAAUCUCAAGCAAAGUUGGAAAUUCCAAAGAGAAGUGGUGAUAUCUUUACUAGUCAUAGUGAAGAUGGGAGAAAAUGACAUACCAGCAGCAGAAGUGGGCUAAAAACAUCCUCCUGUCUGCCCAAUCAGGAAUGCUGCCUGUUUUGGGGAAUAUACUUUAGAGAAAGGAAGGGCCAAAACUACGACUUGGCUUUCUGAAACUGAAGCAUAAAUUCUCUUCUCCUCCGUUUGUCUGGAUCUGAGAAACCCGCAUUUGGAAUUAGCUAGUGGAAGCAGUAUGUAUGGCCAAAGUGCAUUGCUGCAGCUGGUAGCAUGAGUGGUGGCCACCAGCUGCAGCUGGCUGCCCUCUGGCCCUGGCUGCUGAUGGCUACCCUGCAGGCAGGCUUUGGACACACAGGACUGGUGCUGGCAGCAGCGGUGGAGUCUGAAAGAUCAGCAGAGCAGAAAGCUAUUAUCAGAGUGAUCCCUUUGAAAAUGGACCCCACAGGAAAACUGAAUCUCACUCUGGAAGGUGUGUUUGCUGGUGUUGCUGAAAUAACUCCAGCAGAAGGAAAACUAAUGCAGUCCCACCCCCUGUAUCUGUGCAAUGCCAGUGAUGAUGACAAUCUGGAACCUGGAUUCAUCAGCAUCGUCAAGCUGGAGAGUCCCCGACGUGCCCCACGCCCCUGCCUGUCACUGGCCAGCAAGGCCCGGAUGGCGGGUGAGCGAGGAGCCAGUGCUGUCCUCUUUGACAUCACUGAGGAUCGAGCUGCUGCUGAGCAGCUGCAGCAGCCCCUGGGACUGACUUGGCCAGUGGUGUUGAUCUGGGGUCAUGAUGCCGAGAAGCUGAUGGAGUUCGUGUACAAGAACCGAAAGGCACAUGUGAAGAUUGAGCUGAAGGAGCCCCCAGCUUGGCCAGAUUAUGAUGUGUGGAUCCUCCUGACGGUGGUGGGCACCAUCUUCGUGGUCAUCCUGGCCUCAGUGCUGCGCAUCCGGUGCCGCCCCCACCACAGCAGGCCGAAUACCCUUCAGCAGCGAACAGCCUGGGCCAUCAGCCAGCUGGCCACCAGGAGGUACCGGGCCAGCUGCAGGAGGGCCCGGGCUGAGUGGCUAGACUCAGGGAGCAGCUGCAGCUCAGCCCCCAUGUGUGCCAUCUGCUUGGAGGAGUUCUCCGAGGGGCAGGAGCUACGGGUCAUUUCCUGCCUCCAUGAGUUCCAUCGUACCUGUGUGGACCCCUGGCUACAUCAACAUCAGACUUGCCCCCUCUGCAUGUUCAACAUCAUAGAGGGAGAUUCAUUUUCCCAGUCCCUGGGACCCUCUCGAUCUUACCAGGAACCAGGCCGGAGACUCCACCUCAUUCGCCAGCAUCCUGGCCAUGCCCACUACCACCUCCCCGCUGCCUACCUGUUGGGCCCUUCCCGGAGUGCAGUGGCUCGGCCCCCACGACCUGGUCCCUUCCUACCAUCCCAGGAGCCAGGCAUGGGCCCUCGGCACCACCACUUCUCCAGAGCUGCACAUCCCCAGGCUCCAGGAGAGCAGCAGCGCCUGGCAGUCACCCAGCACUCCUAUGCACAGGGCUGGGAGCCAAGCCGUCUCCGAUGCACCUCACAGCACCCUGCCACUUGCCCAGUGCCCCUGCGCUGGGCCAGGCCUCAUGACAGCAGUGGAUCUGGAGAAAGCUACUGCACAGAACGCAGUGGCUACCUGGCAGACGGGCCAGCCAGUGACUCCAGCUCAGGGCCUUGUCAUGGUUCUUCUAGUGACUCAGUAGUCAACUGCACAGACAUCAGCCUGCAGGGCAUUCAUGGCAGCAGCUCUACCUUCCGCAGCUCCCUGAGCAGUGACUUUGACCCUUUGGUAUACUGCAGCCCUGAAGGGGAUCCCCAGGGAGAGGAAACUCAGCGUAGCAUGACCUCUCGGCCCCGUUCCUUGGACUCAGUGGUGCCCACAGGGGAAACUAAGGUUUCCAGCCAUGUCCACUACCAUCGUCACCAGCACCACCACUACAAAAAGCGGUUCCAGUGGCAUGGCAGGAAGUCUGGCCCAGAAACUGGGGUUUCCCAGUCCAGACCUGCUGUUCCUCGGACACAGCCCCAGCCAGAGCCACCUUCUCCUGAUCAGCAAGUCACCAGAUCCAACCCAACAGGCCCUUCAGGGCAGCUCCCCAACCCACAACGGCCCAGGACCCUCAAAGAGCCAGCCCCUGGCCCAGUUGAAGCCUCCAGCCCCAGCCCCAGCCCCAGCAAUCUUUUCAACCUGCAGAAAUCCAGCCUCUCUGUCCGACACCCACAGAGGAAACGGAAGGGGGGUCCCUCAGAACCCAUGCCAGCCUCUCGGCCCCAGGACUUGACUGUGCACGCAGCUUGCCAGAUUUUUCCCCAUUACAGCCCCAGCCUGGCAUAUCCUUGGUCCUCAGAGGCCCACCCAUUGAUCUUUGGACAUCCGGGCCUGGACAGGAGGCUGCUACCAGAAACCCCAGGCUCCUAUUACUCAAGUUCACAGCCAGUAUGGUUAUGUCUGACUCCACGCAGAGCCCUGGGACCACACCCACCUGGGGAGGGGCCUUCUGAAUGGAGUUCUGACACCCCAGAGGGCAGGCCAUGCCCUUACCCACACCACCAGGUGCUGCCAGCCCAGCCUGGCUCGGAGGAAGAGCUUGAGGAGCUGUGUGAACAGGCUGUGUGAGAUGCUUAGGCCUAUCGCCAACCAAGAAUGUGCUCUGGAUGAGUCGGGGCCCUAUCUGGCACAGAGUCCUGCUCCUGGGAGAAGAAAGGACCUCAGCAAGCACCUCUCUUUUUGCCUUACUUCCUGGAACCACUGGAAGAGGGGUGGUGAUGGUGGGUGGCGGGAGGUGCUGUUUCCUGCUCCCAGCUCCAGACCUUGUCUGCAGAACACAUCUGUAGUACAGCAAGUCUGUGCCCAGCCAGGCAACCAGCUACUGCCUGUGUGGGCUGGAUCCCUUGAAGGCUGUUUUUUGAGGGCAGAAAUCUAGGUAUCAGUAUCUAGGUUUUACAAAGGUGCUGCUCCUAGCAGUACCCGAGACCUCAUGUUCAUAGCAGCCAAUGAGUUCAGCUGAAUGCAUGACCCCUUCUCACCCCCUUCCUCAGGUGAGGUCUGCACAUCAGCUUUGACCCUUCCCUGGUAAGGCCCCUGCAUCAGGGGCAACCCUGGCUCUAUCAUUUUCCUUCUUUUCGAAAGGACCAGGAGGCUUAAAAAGGGUAUCUCUCCGCAACUUCUCCAGACAGUGCCUUCCCUGGUGCAUAAGGGAGGAUGUUUCUCCCUUCUUGUUCUUAAAUUGUUCUUAAGUGGUCAGAACCACUGUAAGUCAGAGAGGAGGCUCUGGGAAGCCAGAGUGUGAAGUUAUGUCCCUGAAAGGGGUACAACACCAUGAAGAACCUGGGAUGAAGCCUCUGACCUUUAAACUCCUGUGUCACUCCAGCAGCCCCCAUUCCUCUGGGGGUUGGGAGUAGAGUGGGGAAACUUUCCAAAGUGGGGAAACUUUUCCUUGAAGAACUCCUGUUACAAAGUCUUGAAACAGGUGGAAAGGAGAGAAUUUUUUUGGAUGUCAUCUGGGAAGAGGGAGGAUGAAACGAAGGUAGAAAAAGCAGGUUUACAGCUGAGCAGGAACAACAAAGAGUUCUUCUCUGGGAAGUUUUGUCUCAGAGCAGGGAUGGGGCGCAGGGGAGAACAAAGGGAAAGCAAAGUGUGACCCUUGGGUUUGGAGGGCCCAGAGGUCCAGCUCUCCAGUAUAAGCCAUACAGGCCAGGGACCCACAGGAAGGUGUGCAUGUGAGAGUGGAGUUGGAGCUGGAAGUCUGGCUGGGCAGCUUGUACCCAGUGGGCCAGCGUUGGGGGGCCUUCUUAGGGUGACAUUCACCCGGGGUAGCCUAACCACUGCUGGCCCCUCAGGCAUUAUCCAAUUGAAAUGUGAAUGUAGGGGCAAAGAAGAUACAGGACCCCACUUGGGAAACUUCUUCCCCAAAGUCAGUGGGAAGACUAGCACCUAGGCACCCACAUGGGUAUUUUAUAUCUGAACCAGACAGAAAGACGCUUGAA